AUGAAUGAGUAUCAAGAAUUAGAUCAGAGUGAUAACGAAGAGAUAGAUGAUUUGAUUCCUAAAGUUUAUCUCACAUAUAGACGUCGAUGGUUUUAUCUAUUUGUUGUUUGUUUAGCUCAAAUAUCGAAUGCAUUAAUUUGGAUUAAUUUUUCACCUAUUGCAAAUUUGGGUGUAGAAUAUUAUAAAGUUAGUUAUGAUGCCAUUAAUUGGCUUAGCUUGAUGUAUAUGAUUGUAGCAAUACCAUUUACAUUGCCAUCAACAUGGCUAAUCGAUAAACUUGGUGUUCGUGUUGGGAUGUAUAUUGGCGUUUGGAUGAAUGCGAUUGGAAGUGUUAUUCGAUGCUUCAGUGUAUUGGCAUCAAUUAGUACACAAGGACGAUUUGUGAUACUGAUGUUUGGACAAUUUAUUUGUGCUUUGGCACAAACAUUUAUUUUAUUUAUUCCAACAAAAUUUUCUUUUGUAUGGUUUUCUGAAAAACAACGCUCAUUAGCUAAUGCAAUUGCUAUUGGAAGCAAUUUCUUUGGUAUUCUUCUUGGUAGUAUUCUUUCACCCAUUAUUGUACCUGACACAAGCAAAAUUCCAUUAUUGUUGUACUUAAGUGUCAUACCGGCUCUAUUAGCUGGUAUACUUUCACUUGGGAUACGAUCAGCAGAACCACCUACACAAUCUUGUAAAGCAGUAGUUCAUAUACCGCAGCCAUUUCUAUUAUCUUUAAAAAGACUCUAUCGAUCAAAAUCUUAUGUUGUUUUAUUUAUUGGUUGUGGCAUUGCAAUUGGAUGUUUUAAUGCACUUUCAACAUUAGUUGAGCAAAUGAUGUGUCCAUUUGGCUAUGAUAAUGUAACGGUUGGAAUUUGUUUAGGAUUUUUUAUUGGAGCAGGAAGUUUAGGCUCAUUGGUAUUUGGUUAUUUUGCUGAUAGAACUGGAAAAUUAGAAGAGAUUUCGAAAAUAUUGUAUACAGCAAGUUCGGUGGCCUAUAUUCUUAUUGUACUGUUUAUUAUCAAUCGAGUACCGAGAUAUUUCAUUUAUUUUGCAUUUGCUUUUGUUGGUUUUGUAUCCUUACCGUUAUCGCCUAUAUCAAUGGACUUAUGUCUUGAAUGUGUUUAUCCUAUACCGGAAGCAACUGCCAUUGGAAUUAAUGUCAUGGCUAGUCAAAUAAUUGGAAUUUUAAUGGUGGUGAUUUUUCCAAAAUUCGGCCGUCCACUGAAUGAAUAUGAAACGGCAAUUGAAACAUGUUCAAGAGAUACGAAAGAUAAAAUAGUAGCAUUAAAUUAUUCAAUUCCUCUUUAUAUCAUGGCAUUUAUUAUGGUUUUGAUGGAUCGAUUGCCAUAUGAACUUCUUUUUUCAAUAGCUACUCAUCUUGAUUCACCAAAAGAUUUAUGUUCGUUGUCUCGAGUUUCGUCUGUGUUUUUGUCUGUAUCACGUGAUGAUCGCAUAUGGAAACGUCUAUGCUACCGAUUGUACAAUGUAAACCCGCCGCUAGAUGAACUCAAACAAAAUUUCUACAAUUUAUUUACCAAAAUUCUUGCACCAUAUGGUCGAUAUCUUGGCUAUUGGAAAUCAAAUGAGAUGUAUUAUGGUGGUCUUAUUCAUGUGCAGUUGAAUAUAUCCGAGGAAACUAUUAUUGGCGAAAAAUUAAACGUAGUCAAUGUUUCUGAUGGUAUAGCUCAAAUGUUUUUUGCCGAUGAAGAUGAUAGUGAUGACGAUGGCGAUGCUGACGAAGAAGCCAAUGAAUCUUUUUUUAAAUCUAUGUAUCAAAAAACGAAAUUAUUUACUAUUGAUAGUACAUCUAAUCAAAUAUUGUGCCAUCAAUGCGACACAGUUCAUAAUGAACUACCAUGGAUAAAAACAUUUGAUUCAAAUCAACAAUACUUUGGUUUAUCACACGAAGCAUUGUCUGUUAACGAACGAUCAUUGUUAGUUUCGCAUGAUCACAAUUUUAUGGAGGGUCCCGAAGGACGUGAUAUCUAUUUUUCAAGAAAUUGUUUAGAUGGCUCUACUGUUUAUCAUCCUCUUUCAAUUCCUCGGCCAAGCACCACAAAUGCCGAUCAUCCAUUAUCACGUUUUAACGGACUUUGGAUAGGAUCGUAUGGUGGUCAUGGUCUAGAAUUAAUUCAUGUUGAACUUUGUCAUGAUUUCAUUUGUCCGGCAACUGUCGAUGGGAGAUCGAAAGAUGUAGAAAUUAUUUCAAAUGCUUUAGUCGGUAGAAAAAUCUCCGGCGAUCCUAAUGUACCACAUAGUCAAAUAUCCUUUGUUGCUACACAUCCUAUUGAAGUUGUUGAUCAGAAUUCCCCAACAUCUUAUGAAGGCAUUGGACAAAUUGCACAUACAGGCUAUGUUGAUGCACAAUUUAUUCGUUCAAAAAUACUUCCCAUAUCAAACGAUGUACUUCAAGUUACUUGGUAUGCUUUACAUCAUACAUCAUUCUUUAAACGAUGUUCAUUUUAA